AUGAGCGAGACGGACGCUGCUGCGAAGACGACGGAGGAGGUCGCGCCGCCCGUUGAGACGGAAAAUAAGACCGAAGAUGCAGUAGAGGAGGUCACGCAGUCGCUGGAAGACAUCUUGGCGCUUGGUCAGGGUCUGGACGACGAGGACUACAAGGCCGAGCUCGAAGUGCUGCAGAACGACCCCAACUCCAACCUCUACUCGGCCGUCACCUUUGAGGAACUCAACCUGCCGGACCCGCUGCUCAAGGGCGUGUACAACAUGAAAUUCGCCAAGCCUUCCAAGAUUCAGUCUGUGGCACUGCCACUUAUCCUCGCCGAUCCUCCAGAGAACCUGAUCGGCCAGGCUCAGAGUGGCAGUGGCAAGACCGCUACCUUUGCUCUAGGUAUGCUCUACCGCGUGGACGUUAACCUCAAGGCUCCCCAAGCUGUCUGUGUGGGGCCCACACGUGAGUUAGUGCGUCAAAUUAUGGCUGUAGUGAACGCUAUGGGCAAGUUCCUCGGCGUGGAGACGUUCCUGGCCAUCCCCGGCAACGACCUGGCUCGUGGUGAGACUCUGAAGGCACAGGUGAUCGUCGGCACGCCCGGUAAGAUCGAGGGAAUGAUCAAGAAGAAACAACUGGACACUCGUGAAGUCAAGAUCUUCGUACUGGACGAGGCUGACGUCAUGGUGGCCGAAGACGGCAUGCGCGAACGCUCGGUGUCUAUCAAGCGAUUCAUCAAGAACCGUGCCUGUCAAUACCUGCUCUUCUCAGCCACAUACGCCGACGAUGUGCGUGAUUUCGCCCAGAAAAUGGUGCCCGACCACAACAUUAUCACCGUCAAGAAGGAGAAACUCACGCUGGACGGCAUCAAGCAGUUCUGGAUCGACUGCAAGACCCGCGACAACAAGUUCCAAGUCUUGUCGGACAUUUUCGCCAUCCUGAGUAUCGGCAAGUGCGUCAUCUUCGUGCAGCAACGUGACACUGCCAAGGAAUUGACGCGUCGGAUGCGUGAGAAGGGCCACUCGGUCGGCAUUUUACACGGUGCCGACAUGGCCAAGGAGGUGCGCGACCAGGUCAUCGACGAGUUCCGUGCCGGCACGACCAACGUGCUGAUCACCACGAACGUUCUGGCGCGUGGUAUCGACGUGGCGGGCGUCUCGUUGGUCGUCAACUUUGACAUCCCGCUGACUCGUGACCACCGUCCCGACCCGGAGACGUAUCUGCACCGUAUCGGGCGUACCGGUCGGUUCGGCCGCAAAGGUUGCGCUAUUAACUUCGUGUACGACAACAAGAGCAAGCAGGACCUCGCCGAGAUCGAAGAGUACUACGCACGUCCGAUUACGCAGGCCCCUGCAGACGAUAUCGAGGAACUCGAGAAGCUACUAGCUUGGGAAUAA